CGAAACACUUGGACCCCAUUUGUUAAAAUAUUACCAUUUCCAUUUGUGUACAACGACAUGCACGCCAAAAUCAAAAUGUAUCGCCUAGUCACCAGCUCUCGCGGCCGUCCGUCAUUAUCACGUCUAAUUUCUAUCGUGUCCGCAACUCCGCGUGCACAAACGCAAUCACAGUACGUCGUCGUGUCGUCAGUAGUACGGUCAAACUCCACUAGGUCACGUUACAUGUACAUAAAACUGAUAAAAAACAAAAAAAAAAUGCUAACAAAACAUUAAACAAACGUCGAAUACGGACAACAAUAUAAUUCUCUGUGAUUCUUUAAUACAAUUUUCCUGUUAAAUAAAAAGUAUUAAUAAUAUUAAAAUAUGUGCCAAACAAUCAACCUUUUGUCGUCGCCGUCUUAGAGUGGCGUGUGUAAAUACCGUAAAUACGAACAAUUUUCGGCACGUCAAUGCGAAUGAGCCGCUCGGGUAACCAAUAGGAAUUCUUUAGUUGUUGAUAGUAAUCCGUUUAAAAUGGAAAUCGGUGAUCUUACGCCUGAACAAGAACAAGUGAGUGUUGUACCUAAGAUUUAGAUAACGAUUUUAUGUCUUGUAGACAGUACACGCAGAUUUUAUGUGCCUAGAUUUACUGAUAAAAUUGUAUUAUGUUUACUACAUAUAUAUAUACAAACAUACACCUACCUAUGCCUGUUGCUCUACUUAAGAUCAUUUGUUGAACUCUUUAUAGGCCGUGGACCAAUUUAUUGAUGUAGUCAAUCAUAUGCGCAAAUUACAAAACAAAUCAGCAAUAUCACGGUUGUCCGCUGUAAAAUUUUUAUGGGCAAGAAAAUUUGAUGUUGCCAGAGCCGUAGUGCUACAUGAGCAGCACGAAGAAACCAGACAACGUGAGGGUUUGUUUGGCUUCAAUUGUGCUGUUGAACCUUUGAAAUCUGAAUUGCGAACCCAGAAAUUUACAAUUUUGGUAAAAAUGAAUAAUUGAUCAUUUUUAAAGUAUCCAAAUUUAUAUAUUUAUUAUAUGUUUCAUUUACAUGAAUAUGUAUUUUUUUUUAUAGCCAUCUCGAGAUUUGACUGGUGCUGCUAUAGCUGUUUUUACAGCACGUUAUCAUAUACCACAAUUUUCUUCUCAUCAAACUACAUUGCAGGUAUUUUCUCUAUCUAACAUUCAAAUGAUAUAGUGUAUUUACCUAUUUAUUAUUUUAAAACAGGGCAUUGUUUACCAAUUGGAUAUAGCUUUGGAGAAUGUUAAUACUCAAAGAUGCGGAUUGGUUUUUAUCUAUGACAUGUCUGAUUCUAAGUACUCAAAUUUUGAUUAUGAUUUGAGUCAGAAAAUCCUUACAUUACUUAAAGUAAGUUGAUUGAAUAUUUUAUUUAUCUAACAAAUUAAACAAAUCUAACAGAUAGCAGUAAUAUACUAAUAUUCGUCUUAUAAGUUUAAUGCUUGUGUAUAAUAUACUGAUAUCAAUUCCUUAUGUUGAGUCUUGUUUAAUUAUGUGUUGAUUCAUAGUUUGUAAUACUGUAAAUACAUAAACUAGACAAUAACUGCUUAUCGAAGAACAAUAUUUAAAAUAUAAUGAAGAAUUUGAAUGUUUUAAUAUUAUUGAAUAAACAAUUAUUAAUAUUUUGUUUUAUAUAAUCUAAUAUAUAGACUUUAGAAGUACAUAUACGUGUUUAUAUUGAUAAUUUUACUUUAUAUACAUCAUGUUAAAAUUAAUAUCAAUGUGCCAUAUAAAAGUGUUUAAAAUAAAAAUAAUAAUAAGUUUAAAUAUAGCAUACUCGAAACAUUUAAUUAAUUGAGAUACAGUUGUCUUUAAUAACUAUAGAGUAACUUUUUUAAAUAAAAAGAAUAAUAUUUAUUUUUGUCUAAAAUUUUACUUUGUUUACAAGUAUGUAACCUGGGACAAGAAAAUAUAUGAAAUAACUUAAUUAAAUAAUUUACUAAAUUUUUGAUGUUUAGCCAACUUGUUGAGUUUUUAUUAUUUUAAUAUUAUAUAGGUAGAAUGUUAUUUCAUCAUAAUAUGUUGAGUCUUUGCUGAAAUGUGAUUCAAAUUAUUAUUUUUGCUUGACUUAGUAAUGCAUAUUUCAAAAGUAUAUUAAUUUCUACACUAAUCACUUUGUUUUAGAAUAUACAUGUUCCAGAGUGUAUAUACUUGUAUAAAAGUUAAAUAUUAUGUAUAUAACACCAAAUAUACAACAACAUAUACUUAUUACAAAUUAAGAAUCUACCAAAACUAAUGAUCUUAAAUAUUACAUGUCUAUCUAUUGAUUGAAAUUUAUUUAAAUCUAAUAACAUUCAAAUAGUGAAUUAAAUUGUUUGUACAAAUUAGACCCCUGAAUAAGAAAUAGCCAUAUAAAAUAAUUCACUCAGAAUCUAUAUUCAUACCUGCAGUCUAAUUAUUAUAAUACUAAAAUAUUUUAAGGAUUUUAAUUUCAAUGUCAACAAUAACAGACUAUAAUUUUAUACCGAAUAUAUUUCACAAUAUACUUUCUUAUGUUGAAGACAAAUUUUGCAUAUUUUAUAUUUUUAUCAUAAGUUCAUUAUCUUUAAUUUUGACUUUGAUUUUUGUAUGAAAUUAAAUAUUUACUAAUGAGUAUAUAUUUUCCCUUAAUAAAUAAGAUAAACAUAUUAUUGAUUAUUAAUAGUUCAGUCAUAGUUGCCAUCAUAAAAUAUUUUAAAUAAUUAUUUAAAGUAGGUUUUAUUUGUAUUACUAAAGUCCAAUAUAAUACCAAUGUAAGGAUAACAAUUUUUUGUUUUUUAUUUAUACUGUAAGACACAUAUAUAUACCUAAUGUAUUUAGGAAUUUCAAGGAUGCUUUGUUUGGUAGAAAAGAUAAUGUUAUUUUAGUAUAGCAUAAGUAGUUUGAGGCUUUUAUACUUUGGCAACAGUUGAUAUUUAUAACAUUUAUUUGAGGCGCCUACCAGUUUACCUAUCUCGUUAUAUGAGUAAUAUAGUUUAUGUUUAAAAAAAUAUUUAACUAUAGGUUACUCUAUUUAAUUUAUAAAACAUUUUAGUUGGUAAUAUAACAUAUUUACUACAUCAUAGUAUUUGAUAUAGUAUCUCUGCAUAUUUUUUAAAUGUAUUUCCUUGAGUUCUUGAGUUUGAAAAUAUAUAUAUAAAUAUUUGUUGAUUUAGGUAUUUUAUAUUUAAUAAUUUAAAAUAAAAUAAUUUUCUAAAUAUUUAUGAGCAUUUAUAGUUAGUAGAACAGUCAUCCAUGUAAAAUUAAAACAAGUUUUAACUAUUCCUUGCUUCUUCACCACCUCCUAUCUAAAAUUAUUUAAAUUUUUAGUAUUAAUACUAAUAUAGAAAUAUAUAAUCAAAUUAUAAACUAUAGAAAUAAUAAGAUAUUUCAGGAUAUGAAUUAAAAAGUGUUAAGUCAUAAAUUUAAAAAUAUCACUUAAAAAAAAAAAUGAUGUGCAAUAUGCAUUUUUUUAAUAAAACACCAUUUAUAGAAUUACUAAUUCAACCUAAUCUACAUAAUAAAUAAUAGGAAAAAAUAUAUAUUUCUGAUAUUUAAAAAAAAAAAAUAAUGUUAAUUAUUGUUUUAGAUUUUGAGUGUAGCGAUGAAUGUUUUGGUUUUACAAUGAUGUUUAUUUUAUUAUUAUUAUUUUUUAUAUACUGUGUACGGGAAUUUUAUCAGAAAUCUUGCUCCAAUGUAUCAAAUGUAGCAUCUUUUCUAAUAGGAAAUUUUAUCUAGUUGAUACUUAGAGAAGGUCAUAUUUUGAUUUCCCAAGCAGUUUUCUUAAUAAUUGUAAAAAAAACUGGAAAAUGUACAAACAUUUUGUCAAUUUUGUUAUUAUGUUGUUAUUUAGUUAAAGAUGUUUGUACUUGAAACUGACAAAAAUCUUAUAUUUGUCUUUUCUAGAUGUGGUAAAAUUUUCAAAACAUUUGAGAAAUUUUUUAGCUAUUGAUAGACAUUUAAAUUUUGCGGAUGUUUUACAUAAUUUUUAUUCAGUAGGUAAUCUGUGGAUAAAAUUGUUAGAUAAAACAGAAAUAUUUGAAAAUUUAACAGGAGGUUCAUUUUAAGUUAUUCUUAGUGGCCAAAAAAUAUAGUUGAGUUUAAUGAAGUAUUUUUUUUUUUUUUUUAUAAGGAUUUUAAAAUCAAAUUUUUAUGAAAAUUAUUAUUAUAUUACAGCUUUUCAAAAUAUGCAUUAACAAACUCCGCUCAGAAUCAUUUUUCUUUAGCAAUGAUUAAUUCUUGCACACAGAUAAACAUUAAAUUCCCCUUUAUAUCCUACCUUACCAACUUCUGACCUACAAUACCACUAUUGUACCCCACCGCGCGAAGUAUGUCUAUAUUUUUUUUUAAUAUAUUUUAAAAUAAAGUUUCAACAUAUUGGAAUUUUAUAAAAAAAUAAUAAAUUUGUAAAUAGUUUCAAUUAUGAGGGUAUAAUAAUUUUAUAUUAGGUGUACAUACAACCCCAAUAAAAGUAUCCACUCUCAUAGUUCAAACUAAUUGACUAAACUUAAUCAAUUAAAUGUUACGUUAGCUCAAUUUUCUAAAUGAGUGCUAAUUUAUCAUUUAGGUUUAAAUUAAUCACUAUAACUUUAUUUUAAUUCUUUAUUAGUUUCUUGCAUAGUAAAAUAUGAUGAUAUUAAUAAUAAAUUAAUAAAAAUAAAAAUAAUUUAAUUCUACUAAAUCAAGAUUUGUAUAUACUUAAUUUAAAUGUUAAUUAUUUAUUAUAUAAUAAAAUAAUAAAGUAAAACAAAAUUAUCAAAAUGGUUAAUACUAGUAAAUAAAUAAAUAAAUAAAAAAUUAAUAAAUUAAUAAAUGUGUCACCUGGAGUAUUAUGAUAAUUGUAUUGUACGACCGGUUUCAAAUUAAAAAUUCAUCAGCAGGUAUAUCUCUGUCAAAAUGUAAAACACUACUCAAACCUAAUCGGUCGUAUAAUACACUUAUCAUAAUAUUCCAGGUGACACAUUUAUUAAUUAAUUAAUUUUUUAUUUUUAUAUAUAGAUUUUUUUAUUUAUAUAUUUAUUUAUUAUACUUUUUGAUAUUAUAUUAUAAUUAAUUUUGAAUAUUUUCUUUAUUAACAUUUGAAAGUUGAAAUUUUAAAAAAAAAAUGUAUUUAAUAAAUUAUACACAUAAUACGUUUUUAUUGUACAACUAAAAUAAUGAUAAUGCAGAGAACAUAUUAUUAUUACAUCCAUUAUUAAAUAAUUAACAGUUUUAAUUAUUAUUUUGGUUGAUUGUCUGAAACUAUAAUAUUGUAGCAAAAUAAACAUUUUUAAAUAUCACAAUAAUUAAUAAUUGUGGGCUUAUAAUUAGUUCCUUGUUUUAAAUCACCGAUUUUAAUAAUAAGUGAUAAUGCAGUUGUAUCUGUGUAUAAGUAAAUGUAAUGCUACUUCAAUGACCGUUUUCUAGAUUAAAUAAAAUUUUACACGAAAUUAAAAUGGUAAAUUUAUAAUAAUUUCAGUUCUGGUGCUAGGGGAGGACAAAUGGGACAUAAUAUUAUGUCCAGGACCCCACGCUUGUUUUGGUUUUAAUAGGCUGCGCGAUUUAUUAUUAUAUAAGUAUACAAUCAUCAGUUCCACUAAAGUCACCACUGUACUAAUGCAUUGUCCAAGGCCCCAUAAAAACCUAUUGCCGCCACUGAAUAAUUUGUAUGUAUGUACCUACUAUGAUUUUCAAGUGGGUACUUUUAUGAAUUUUUCUGAUUGAAUUUGAAAAACAUUGGUAAAUAUACAAAAUUACUAGACAUAUUGAUUUUAAAAAGUAUACUAUGUAUUAUAAUGUUGUGACGAAAUCUUUUUCAAUUAUACUGUUCAAUUUCUGAGUGAUUUAUUUAUUUUUUGAAGGGAGUGAUUCCUGCUACAUAUAAUCUACGAGGAAUAUGUAUUUUUUUUUUUCAAUAAAAAAAUAACUUCUGUAAUAUACACUAUAAAUUAUGUUAAUAUUUUACAAUGAUUUGAUAUCUUGACGAUUAUAAACUCGGUCGUCUAUCGUUUAUAAAUAAUUUUGUAUUAAACCAGGCCGACUUCACCGCCGCUGUAUACUAUUUUCCAUUUCUUUAUCGUUGUAUUAUUAUAAUUCUAUGUACACGCGGUUGUUUGAUUGAUGAUGGAAUCCGAAUUCUGGGGCGUUAGUAUUAACAUUGUAUUAUAAUAUUAAAAUUUCGGCGAUUAUAUUUGCAUCAAUGCAUAAACUCUUGUGGAAUUCGUAAAAUAAUAUUCGACCGUCGUCAUAAACAAUCUGCGAACGGAUGAAUGAAAGAAACCAAACAGAGAGUACCUACGCGUAGUUGCGCUUGCGAUCGAUAAUGCCAAGAGGAGUACAGAACGCGUGUGAAAACACAUGCGCAUAUUCCGGUAUUGCAGGGGAAGCCCCCUUUGUUUCCUUCCAGUUAGGGCGAUGAUAUAACGUAGGGUCCGGCCCAGCUGUAUUUAGCCACAACCCCAACUAAACCUUAACAAAAAAAAAAUAUUUAGAUCUCGUACUCUUUUGCAAUAUGAUAAUCGUGACACAAGAUAGUUUUUACAAUUUAUUUUUUCUGAAUACAAAAUUAACAAAAUACGACGCCUGCGUUAUACUUACUUAUAUAAAUAGAUAUUAUAUUUGUGGUGUGUGGAUUUUAAAGUACAAACGUCAUAAUAUAAUAAUUAAUAUAGGUGUAUUAUAAAAAAAAGCGUUUAAAAUAAAGCAUGUAUAAAUCGUUUGUAAAAUAAUUUGUUGUUACUAUUAUAAUGGUAAUGUAUUAUAGGUAUUUGAAUAACAGGAUAUAAAUUUAAAAAAAUUAUGAAAUCCGAAAAUAUUUUAAACAAAGCAGAAUAAAUUUAUGUAUCUACAUUUUUACUAUAGAAUAAAAUAAUAUGAAUCAUGUAUUAAAAGUUAAAAAAGCUUUGUUUAGAGUUGGUAGAAAAAAGAAAAUAUCUUAAAAAUACCUCCUAUAGUUCUCUUCUGGUGUUACAUACCUGUAGGUAUUUUGUUGGUCUGAAUUAACGUCACGAUGAUAAAAUAUCGUAAAGGACGUAAUUUUUUUAAGAAACAAUUAAUCGUUUUUCUAUAAAUUAUCGAUUAUCGUGAUAUUAUAUAAUACAUUUUUAUUUUUUUUAAUUACAUACUUCGCAACAUGGGUAUGCCACUGUUGUAGGUGGAUAGACAUUUACUCAAUGGUAAAUUAAUUUCUGUACACGGUUAAAUCAUUGCUAACAAAAUUCGGUUAAACAUAUUUCCAUAAACUUAAAUUGAAAAUUAUAUCAAUUUGUAACUACAAAAUGAAUAACACAUAUUCGUGUUUUUUCAUCUCAAUUUUUGAAAACAAAAAUUCAAAAAAUAUAGCAAUAAAUAACUUAAUAAAACGCUGGAAUCAUCUAGAAAAUCCUAUUAGAAGUAUACUAUACAAAUUGUGUGUUUAAAAGAUGUUCAACUACAUUAUAUAUAUUUAAAAAAAAAAACAACAAAAGCCGUAAAUAUUUUCGUUUUCCUUACGUUUUUUCUAAUCAUCAAGAAAACUACAAGGAAAUCAUAAAAUAACCUCCCCAUCAGUGCACCAACUAGUCAAAAAUUGCUUUCAGAAAUCACUCAUGAAGAGACAAGAUUUCUGAUUGGAAACUUAUUACAGACAGGAAAAAAAUAAAAAGCACACAUUAUAGUAAAACCGACGCAUUCGCAACUACGCUCAGAAUUUAAAAUUUUUAGUUACUAGGUGUUAUAUAUCUUUAGGCCCACGAAAAUAGGGCUUAGGUCAAUUUUGUAAAGUUUUUAUUACGUACAAAUUGAGUUUUAAAAAUAUUAACAAUUUGCAAUUUUAUUUAUACCAAAAGGUAAAGAGAACAAAAUUAUAUUAGAAAAAAAAUACCAAAAUUUGAUUUAAACUUUUUUUCUAUAUGGGAACCAAAGAUAUGGUGAUUUUAUUUUCAUUUUGUUUUACUCGUAAUUAAAAUGUGUAUAUAUAUAUACAUUUAUGUAAUUGCAUUAUUGGCGUAUCACGUAGAAGUUAUAUAUGUAUAUAUAAAAAAUAUUUUAUUCGUUUUAUAACUGCUUAUUUAACGGUUAUGUUAGUUGAUGGUCUGUAAACCGGCAAAAACUUAGAUUAAAAUAUAAUUAAAAUUGUAGUAGUGUCGACUGGACGACGAUGACGACGACGUGUCGUGAUGAAUUAUUAUUAUGCCGUAUUUUUUUACAUUUUAUAGUGUCCGUUGCAGUAUACCUAGCUACGUUUAUAUUACAAUUCUUAAAUUUGCCGAGUCUAGCAUCUAUAGGAACACAAGACGAGCGUUAAUAUAAUAAUAUUAGGUAUGUACCUACUACCUAAUAAUAAUAAUAAUAUAUGCGGUAGUCUUAUUUGUAGUUUUCAAACCUGCGCAUUCCGUAGUACGUACCGCGUUCAUUUGUGUACAUAGAGGUAUUUAGGGUGGAGAUGAAAUCGGCAUAAUAUAACAGAGAGAGGAAGUACUUCCUGACACGUGAUAUAAUUUCUUCACUAGACUGCUGCUGUUAGCCAACCGCACAGCACACGCACACAAUAACAGUUUUGAACACGUAUAAUAAUGGCAUACGUGCACUAAAUCGACGAUUACCGAUAUUAUAUUAGCUUGUUUUGCCUAGAACUAGUCUUAAAUUUCCAAUAAUAGAUUUGUGGACGACGAAAACGACGUUCCUAUAUAUAUUCUACGCAACAGUAUUCUAGUAUAGAGGCGCAUUACUGCAUGUUUGUCGUAUUCAUUUCGUUUUUCAACCUGUCGAUGGCUGCAGUAUUACUACGUAAUAAUAUUAUAUUAUACGUAGGUAAUAUAUAGUUCUAUCGAAUUUUGCUUUUUGUUCGUUCGAUGUCUCUUCUAAUAUAUUUUCGUGAAAUUACUAAUUAAAUUAGAGAGAAAAAAAAUGACAAUUCAUGAGGCCGGAUGUUAAAAAAAAAAAUAAGGAAAUCCGUUGAAAAGAAGCUACCGCGCUCUAAACGGAACGAAUCGUAUAAUAGGCGAGAAAAAAUUAUCCUGAUUAGUCAUGUUUCCGAUUAGACCGCAAACCGAAAUUAAGACUUGCCUGUAUACUAUACUGAAAUAAUAUUAUGCCAAAAUGACAAUGCUAAAUUAAUACUUAAAUUUUUUAUCGAUGUUCGGGAGUUGCUCGAAUCGGAAAAUUAAAAGAGGGACUAUGCGAUUUAAAAAACAAUGAGUGUCCCUUGCAAUGAUUGAAAUAAAUCUAAAAACAUCAUUCAAUAAUAAUUAAUAAUUUACAAAAACAAAAAUUAACAAUAAUACUGACUAUAAGUUAUAUUUGUUUAUUUAUUUUUUUUUAUUAUUUUUUUAUUUUUUUUAAUUUCAUACAAUUUUCGUAAAAUAUCCAAUAUUAAUGUAUAGAUUUCGGUUAAAUUACUGAUACAUUAUCAUAUAGGCUGAUUUAGCCUGGCUAAAACACAAUACAAACAUGAUAAUAAUUUAGUAUUUACUUUAUUCAAUGAUAAUUUUAUGUAAAAUAGACAUACCGUCCCUCGGUCCCAAUAAAAAUAACUAGUAAGGGAAUGCUAAAUAUUAAAACUAGAGGAACUUUGUCUCUCUGUGCGCCAUCCCCCCCCCUUCACCAAUUCGAGCACUGGUUGUAGAUAAAUGUAUUAAUGGUGCUAUACUUAUACCUAAUAAAAAAGAUUUUAUUAAAGUUUAUAGAUUAUUGUUUACUCGGGAAAAUAAAUAAUAAAUAUUACCACAUUAUAAUAAAUAUGGCGCGUUAUGGGUACUGUACUUUUAUUAGUAUACUGCAUAUACGAUAUAUUUAUAGUAUAUUGAAUUUUAUAUAUCACGAUUAUUAUUUUGUUUUUUUUAAAUUGUAUGUAUUUGUUUAAUCCUAAAUUCUAAACCGUUUUAAAUUACCCGUACUUCUUCCUACCACAAAUUCUAUUAAGAGGACGUGAUACCUGCACGACGACUAUCUCCAUGUCCUAGCUAUCUCGUAAUCAUAAUCAAUUUGCGUUCAGCGGAGAUAACUUUUGUGCUGUUAUUUUUAAUAUUAGAGUGAAUUGACGUAUUAUCCAACUUAAAAACGUGACCGUUAUCUAUGCUAUUAUGUAAGUUUUAUCCAAAAUUGUAAUUUUCAAACGAGAUAUAAGCAUUUAUAAAUUGUAAUAUUUCACAUACUCCUAUUUGGCCUUAAAAUUAAAAUAUCAAAAAAAAAAAAAAAACCCUACACGGUAGCACAGAUAAUAUUUUUAACUUUAAGUUUGAUAGAGCAUACAGGCAAAUUUAACAUGUAUUAUACGUUUAUAAGCCGGACACUAUAAUAUACCAUAUUAUAUCAUCGCUACCUAUGACAUCAAAAUUAAUAUUUUAUUUAGACUAGAUACCACCUACCGACAAAAUAUAAAACUAUAGAUAAUAUAACAAUAUAGAAAGUUGUAAAAACAGCACCAAUAUAAAUAUUGUGCACAGCAAACGUGUACAAUAAUAAUAGUAACGUGUAUGUAUAAUAUAUAUAAUAUUAUUAUAUUAAAUUCGAAAAACUUUCGGAAAACGGUCAGUGUAGCAUACAAAAUGCUUUUAUCUAAGACGGGGGUGAUACUAUGAUAAAUACGAUUAUCUAAUUAUUUGUUAAUUCCCUCUACUGUUGUAUCUAAUUAUAGUAUUUAUAUAUCUUUAUUAAACUAAUUAAUUAUUCUAGCUGUUUAAGUUAGCUACUCGUAAUUAAUUAGAUCAGUUUCAGAAUCAUUAUAUCGAUAUAAGAUGUAUAUUAAAAGUACAUCCUAAACUUGGUGUGAUUCGUUAAAAAAUAAUUAUUGUAAACCAUUGUUUUUAUUAUUAUUAUUAUUAUUUUUUUUGUUAAAUAUAAAUCAUUUUUUUUUCAAAUUUCCAAGUAACUAUAUAUUUUUGCCGGAUGACUUUGGAUUUUAAUUUUGUUUUCAAGAGGGGAUAAGACGUACUGUAAUACACAUUCACUAAAUACAUACAAUAUAUUCACAAUACACUUCAGAGCACUUAUGCGCAAUACACACAUUUUUUUUUUUCGAAAUGCAACACCUAUUUUUGACUCUAAAUUUAAAUUUAUUCCAUUAUUUUCAAGCAAUUCUGUUCAAUAUAAUUUUUUUUUUAUCUCAAAAAUUAUCUGAGAUAGAGCCAUCCAAAUUUGGUUAAAAAAUAUAAUUUUUUUAUAUCGAUUUUUCAAACAGUUUAAAACGUAUCUUUUGUGUAUAUUAUUUUAUAAUUAUCUUUCCAAAUAAAUUUUUUCCCAUAAAAUAAUAGUCAAAUUUUUUCCCUUUAAAGUCAUAAAUUUGACAUUUUUUAACCAAAUUUAGAUGGCUAUAUCUGAAGUAAUUUUUGAUUUAACAAAACAUGUUUCGAUCAAAAUUAACCUAAAAUCAUUAAACUAUUUUGGUGUUAAAAGUAGCUGUUGUUAUUCGGAAAAAAAAGUAAUUUGUACUGCGUACGCACGCACUAAAAGGUUUAUAAAAUAUAAUUUAUAUUAAAGUAUGUAUUUAAAUACAAUUUAUCGCUUCCUGAAAACGGAAUUCAAAUCUAAGAUCAUCCGGCCCAAAUAUUUAGCUUUACAUACCCGGUUAGGUAACAAGUGCGUAAACGUAACAGUGCGCCUGUAUGCACAGUACAACUUUUGGUUGUUUUCCUAUUUAUAAGUCUCUCAAUGUAUAACUAACUAGGUGUAUACAAAAACUGUUUAUAUCCCAUUUCAAAGGAAAAAAAAAAAAAAUUAUACUCUAGAAUCGCCUGUUAAUAUAAAACUAUAUGCAGUUAGCUAACGAUGUCCAAAUUGAUUUAUUUAAUUUUGAUUUUAUUGGAUCUUUUCAUUCAGCACUGUUCGUUCAGAAGUUGUUAUUAUAUCGUUAUUGUUACUAUAACUUGUAAUUAUUUUUUCUCUGCGUUAGAUUCAAACAAUUUUAUUAUUGGUUUGAAAAAUGUUAUUGAGCUCGGUUCGUUUGUGUAAAGAAUAAAAUGUAAUUGAUAACAUAUUAUUAUUUAUCUAAAACGAUUAAAAAACGAGUAUUUUAACUUCGUAUCGAUCAACCGUACGCCAAACCGGGAUCGCGCAUUAGCUACGUACAUCGCAUAACGUAUUGUUUACCGCACAAUAUAAUAAUACUUAAUAAUUGGGUCAAUCUCGAAAUUAAUCGAACCGUUUUUCCUUUUUCGUCGCGAGCUGCAAAACACUAGAGAAUUUCGUUUAAACAGUAUAUAGUAUUAUGUAGCAAGCACGUCGUCGCCCCGUACGGCACUUCUUACAAUAAUACAAUUAUAAUUAGCGUCUAAAUAUAGGUAUUACAUACGUGCGUACUGACAGUUGUGUUUACCUCAUUUGGCAGCCGUUCUGCAGCCAGCAGUCCCUGUCGAUGUGAUGACGUGGUAUACGGCGGAUUUGUUGAUGUUUCGUCGUACGUUGGCGAAUAAAAAAAAAAAAAAAAAUUCAAUUCACGCGUCUUGUUUACGGUAUUAUGUGUGUGUGUUUAUAAGGGGUGGGAAGAGUAGAAAAAAAAAAAAAACGAUACGUGCUAUAAUAAUUUAUGAAUUACAUAUACCUACUAUUAUCAUAUAAUGGGUACCGUAUCGGCGGCGGUGGCGUGUACGAUAUUAUUAUGGCAUACGAAAAACGCGCGUUCGGGUGUACUCGAGAGUGAGAGAGAAAUGAGAAUCGGCUGCGGCGGCGGUGGUUCAGAAGUGGGGUCGGGGGGGGAGAAAUUCGUAUUGCGAACGGUGGCGCAGCGUAGUCAAUGGGAAAACGUUUCCAUUCAAAGAGAGUCCCGGCGUAGCGUAACGGGAACGGCGGGCCCGCGGCGGCGGUAGCUGUCGCUAGCAGGCCGCGUCGCGCCGAUGACGACGAUGGCGACGCGAUCGCGGCCGUACCCGCGAUGGUGGCGGCGGCGGUGGGGAGUGAUGGGAAUCUGGAGGACGGCGGCGAGGGGUUCGCGUUUUCACCAGCGCGCGGGCAGCACCGCCGGCGCGCGUAUUGACUGUGUAUACGCGCGGAGCACAGGGGGCUCAGUCUGUUUUCCGCAGUGUUCCGACGGGUGUCGCGCGUCGUUUGUGCCGAACGUCAAUCCGUUUCGGUCGAGUCCCGUCCGUUUGCUGCCGACCGUGACGGCUAUACCGCGGGCGGCGUCGGUGUCCGGGAAAUAUUUAUACGCGUGCAUAUAUCGUUAUAACGUGGACGGAUUUCAGGUGAAAAAAAAAACCGUACGGAUAUUCAUUUACGCGUCCAAACAAAGGAGCCGGUGGUGACCGCCGGGAUAUCCACACGAGCGUAGUCGUGUGUGUAUAUGAUAUAUUUUAUACCCAGUGUUCGCCGUGUGUGUAAUUUUAUUCCGUCCCGGACGAAGUCGUCCCGAUAUCGAUCCGGUAUGGGUUUCAAAGCGUUAUUUUGUUAUUUGUUUAUUGUACAUAGUUUUAAAUUGUCUGUAUAUUACUAUACUGUACAUUACGUAUAAUAGAUACGUAUUAUUUGACAUCGAUGAUAUUUUGGUAUACCGGUAAAAUUGUAAAAAAAAAAAAAAAAAAAAAAAAAACUGUCGUGAUUUGGUUGAUUUUUUUUUCCCGUCGAUGUUUUUCCGGUAGGCGGUUUUUUUUUCGGCUAUUUUCCGACAUAGCCUCGAGAGACGGACGAUCGCCAACCGCGGUAUAUAAUGUCGUGAUUUUUUUUUUUUCUUCCACUAUUAUUACACCGUCAUUUAUGCGUACGGGCGACGGUAAUAGAUAUACAGGACGGUAUAUACCUGUAUAGAUAUUAUAUUAUAGAUACGUUUGUGGCUCCUGAAAAGAGAAAAUUCGGUUUUCUUCUCGCAUUCGACCGAAACAACGCAACAACUCGGCAAUAAUAAUGUUCUUAUAAAACUGUAAAAAAAAAAAACAAAAAAAAAACUCGGAGACUAUCAUACGAUAUAGUAUUAUUAUAUUGUAAUAAUAAUUCGUGUGCAUGGUGAAAAUUCGACGACGAAGACGACCUAAUCGCACGAGACGGGACAAUAUUUUUAUCGCGUAUAAAAUAAAUGCGUUCACAUUAUGUAUUCUUAUUUAUGUGUACGCGUCAAAGGUCGUUGAAAAUACAUUAUUAUAGUAUCUACGUACUCCGAUAAUAUUGUGUACAAUACGAUGCGGCCGUGAUAAUAAUAUAAACGAUGUAAUAGCUGUUAUAAAACUCGGGGGAGGGGGAAAUUAAAUAAAAACAGAAAAUCUGUCAGUUUUAUAGUAUUAGUAUUAUAGAUGAUUGAAGCUACAGCGGUAUUACAGUUUAGUCGAGAUUUCGGGAUUUUUUAAUUUUCGAGUCGUCGCCACUAGUAAACGUCGGUUUUUUGUUUUUCUUAUGUAACUCACUCGUUUUUAAACGAUACAAAAAUAUACACUUUUGGUCCCGGGGCUUGAGUUGUAGUAUUAUUUUUUUUCCCUAUAAUCGUAUGUGUCCCCUUGUCAUUUUCAAUUCCCUUUAUUUUUCGGUUUAAACGGCUUAAAGAAGACGUGCACGUUGUUCACAAGCACAUGUCAUAGCGAAAAUUAAAAUAUCUCGAUUCAUUAAUGUACACCUACUUUUUGUUUGGCACGUAAUUAUAUCACUUAAGCCAUUUAGAACGUUUUAGAACUACAUUUAAGCAAUUAUGUCAUUAUGUCAUUUAGCGAUUUUCAAAAAUUAAAUUCGCCCGUACUCUUUGUGUAAACUAUAGAAAAUUGACUUAAGCCCCUUUUCUCCCUUGGCACCAAAGAUUGCAAUAUUAUAAUGUUAUGUCCGGUUUCUCGUAUAUCGAGUUUACAGAUUUCGGAUCCAAAAAUAGGUAUGUUCGCCGUGUAUAUAAUAUCGACUGUACCGAAACUUUGUUAGUAUUAUAAUAUCAGUCCGAACUGAUCGUAUCCAUAUGCCAAGUCGAUAUUAUUACUACCUACUCUUAAUUUGUUAUUAUAUUAUGUGUAAACCGAACGCAGUAUAUUAUAACUUCGAACUUCCUGUAAUCUGACGUAUAGUAACAUGGUAGUAAACAAUGGUAAUAUACAGGGUAAUUAUUUUAUCACGACCCGGCGAUUUUCUCUGACAAUUCCAAGUAUUUUCGAUUUCGGGGUCAUUUCGGAAACGUUGUGGAAUCGUGCUUUGUAUUUUAUUGAACGCUUUAUUUUCACGUUUUUACCUAGGUUUUUCAAUACAGAUACGAAAAAAAAAAACAAAUAAUAAUAAUAAUCUUAUAAAUUUCGAUUUGUUUGACACUAACAUCGGGUUUUUCGUUUAUGAAUUAUAGUUCUAGCGUUCAGUUUAGCGUAUUUAUACCGGAUGAAUAAUGAACGUUAAUACGCAUUGAUCGUCAUAAUUACGGUACCGAUGGAUCACGAUAAAAUAAUCACUCUGUAUAUAUAUAGUAAUACCUAUUUAUUUAUUUGAAAAAUGCGUUCGGUUAUUUAUUCGUUUUGUAAAAUUACCUAUACACGCCGUUUAUUCUAUAAUAUAUUUUAUUUCGAUAAAACGUUGUUAAUUAUUAAAUCUACACUUUUCUCCACAUGGAAAAUGUUAUAAAUAUAUAAUAUUGAGUAGGUAUUAUAUUUUUUUGUGAUAAUUACUAUUAUUUUUUUACCCGCUGGAGAAUGAACUGUUACCUAAUACUAUUAUAAUGCCUUGUAUAUUUAAAAAAAAAAAGUUAUCGUGAUUUAAUAAUGUAAAUAUAUGGUUUUUUAUUUUCAGUUUCGAAAGAUUUCGCGUUUUAGGUUUGGUUUGGUUUGGUUUUUUUUACAAGUUUAUCGAAUCGCGUCCGCAAAUCGUCCCGCUUAUUUCCACCAUACACGGCUGUGUGUAUUGUUAGCAUAUGGAAGAAUAAAAAAAAAAAAAAAACAACGCGGUAGCUCAUAAUAUUUUAUUGAAACUAUAAUAUUAUAUUAAGUAUAAUGAAAUAUUACUUACGUAUUAUUAUUUAAUUUUAUAUUCACACCGCGUUCAGUGAACGCACCGCGACGAACGGUUAUGACGUGGUAGGUAACCGCCGUAACCACCAUCAUUUUUAUCUAUUAUCAAAUAAAAUUAACCUUGUUUUAAUUAUACGACUUAACGUAACUAAUUUAAUUUUUUAUCAUUAAUUACGCUAAUUCUUUUGAUAUUCUAUUUGUUAUAUUAUUCGGCGGCCGAUAAUGAUUAUUAUUAUUUCACGAGAUAAUAAAGUCGAGAUUGGUUUCUUUAUUCUCGGUUAAUUUUUGUAAAAUGAAUCAUCUGCAUAAUUAGUAUAUCUAUGAAAUUAAUUAAAUAUUAAAAACGGCAAAUGCAAAUUAUAAUAAAUUAUAGUAAAUGUGUAUAAUAUAUUAUAAUAUGUUCUGAGGACAAAACGAGUUAAGUAAAUAAAAAAAAAAAACCAAAAUUCAUUCUAAGGAGGAAUUUUUUAAUACAUAGCAUAUACAUAUAGUUCUAGAGUACAUCGAAACAUUUUUUUUUCUCACCAUUUGAUUUCAAUCACUCAAUUUGUAUAUAGUUUUGAUUCUACGGCUUAACCCGUCUCGAUUACCUAUGACUUAUUUCUAUUAAUCCAAAACAUUGUCUCUCAUGCAUUGAUUUAAUCCUUAUCGACUGCCUAUAGUUCAUGAUUUAAAAAAAUACGAAGUAUUAUAUUUAACCUACGAGGAAAAAGUUGUACGUAUCUCUUUCCUCCCAAAAAUAGAUCUAAUAUUAUAAUUAUUAGAAUAAAAAUACAUCGAAACCUCGAAAAGUCAAUAUUUGGCUCGACCCCUUUUGAUCGAAAACUGAAGAUAUAAUUAUGUACUUAUUUUACAUUAUCUAAAUUCUACACGUAGGUAAUAUAGGUACCCUAUAUGUUAAUUUUUAUAAAUAAGUUAAUUACACGUGUCGUUAAAAAGAUCAUUAGUAUUUUAAUUUUUUUUUCUACAAUAAACGCAAAUUAAAAAAUAUUAAUGUUUUGAACGUAAUUAACAUUUCGCAUUGCAUGUUCAAAAUAUUAAAUAAUAAUUCCGAAUUUUUAGACAUUUAAAAUAUUUUAAUUUAAAUACCUAUAUAGGUGUAUUAUAUUAUAUUAUGUCAUACAGACCUCGAAAUAUGCGGAUUAAAGUAAUUUUAAUACGUAAAAUGUUGAAAUUUAAUUUUGUUACUCCAAUAAUAUGUGAUGAUAAAUUGAACGUACUCGUAUCAUUCACAUAUCAUAUCAAAUAUAUUUCCGAUAAUUAUAUGGUACAUUGAAUUUGCUACUCCGUUAUUGAUUAAUAAUUUCUGUGCUCUGUGACCUUGAACUAUAUUAUAUUAUACUAUUCAUUUACAUUAUACAAUUAUAUUCAAAAUAGGUCUAUCCAAGACGAUCAUCUAAAUAAGUGUUGGUGAAAUGCUUUACAACAUUUUUUUUCAAAACUAACUUUUUAUUAACUAUUUAUAUCCGACAAACAACAAAAGCUCCUCCAAGUCUACAGGUUACCUUAUACAGGACGAUCAUUUAAUCACGAAUCAUCAGUUUUCUCGGAAGAAUUAAAUGAAUUUGAAUUCAGUUAAUUUUAACCACAAUUGAAUCGUUUAAGCUUCCUUUUUUUUUUAACAUUAUUUUCAAUUGUUUACCCCUACUCCUUACAUCUGAAAUGAUUACCUACUUUGGAUUUUUAAAUAGCAACUCCCCUUACAAUCAUAGAUUCAAAUAGAGAAUAAUUUUCUUGUUAUAUCAAAGUAAUCCAAUGCAGAUAAUCAAAUCAGGUUUAAGGAGUAGAUGUAAAAAAUUGAAAAUAGUAUUAAAAUAAAACUUAUACGAUUCGAUAAUAAUUAGGAAAAACAGAAAUCAAAUUCAUUUAAUUCCUCAAAGAAAAUCGCUGGUUCGUGAUUAAAUGAUCACUGUAUGUGAAAAUUAUAUUUUUGUUUUAAAUUAUACCUGUAUGGUAUUAAUUAUGGAUUUUAAGUUAAUAGUGUAAUAUUAAUAAUGUCCUUAAAAACGUAAAUAUACGUAUCUACAAGGCUGGGCAAGUCAAUUUUAAAAAGUUUGAUUACAAGUUAAAAGUUAAUUGUUUUAUAAAUUAAUUUAAUUUUUUUUGAACAUUUAUAUUUUCUUAAGUAAAAAUGAUUAAACAUUGUGUUUGUGAUGUUUUGAAAAAAAAUCAAGGGGUUUCUAGGGGAGAUAGAUUAAACUCACUUUUCUGUCCCUAACCAUAGUAAAAAAAAAAAAAUUUAUGACAAAACAAAGUUUUAGAAUAUAUACCUAUAUAUGUUAUUAAUUACACGACAGUAUAAAUAUAUUAUGUUAAAACUUAAAAUUUAAAUCAAAUUAAAUUUAUACAAUUACAAAUUAACGAUAUUUAUUAAGUUAAUGUGAAAAAAAUAAGUUAAGUUAAAAAUUAAAAUUAUUUUAAUUUUAAUUAAAAUAUAAAAUUUUAAUUUUAAUAUUGUUUAACUCUUUAAUGACCAUGAUAGCCAUUGAUAGGCUUGUCUGUCUGUGUAAACUUUAAUACCAAUAAUAAUAAUAAUUUAAAAACGUUAAUUUGCCGAAGAAAAAUGUAUUUAUUUAUAAUACCUAAUAAAAACAAUUAUUAAUUACAUUGAAUACUAACUAUGUAAUAAUACGAAUCCACUUUUAUACGGGUUAUCUGACUUCGUAUAAUCGUAGCAUAUUAUUAAUUGACUCUCUUGUUUAUUCUUACACACAUGGUCAUUUUUAAACGGCUACUAUAAUUAUUUAGGGAUUAAUCGUCGAUUAUUGCCCGACAUAAAUACAUUUUUUUUUUUUUUUCUUAACGUCUUAUUGACAUUUUCACGAUGACUCACAAAGAGCUGUUUAAUUAAUUUUAUUUAAUACGAUUGCCGAAUGUCUGCGUUUAAGAAUAAACAAUAAUAACGUAUAACACGAGGAUUAAACCGCGAAUCGUAAUAAUAAAAAAAUAAAAUAAUGAUCUCGUGUACCUACAGAACAAUUGAAAUUUGCUUGGAUAUAGUUUACGAACAUCGUCUGAAUCUAACCAGAACGUAAUUAUUGGCACAUGUUGUUAGAGCGUAGUAAUCCGUUAGUUAAGUGCACUCUAUUAUUGUACCGUUGUUUAAAUUUAGAGCCCGGCCUUUUUUUUUUUUUUUCAUUCUUUCCGCUCCUUGUAAAUUACUCUUCAGUGUAAUAUACGCGCUCAGUUUCUUUAAUUUGGGAUGUUUAAUCCCAAGCAGUGAGUGCCACAAAAUCGAGACUGCAUUAUUUCGUUUCAUUUAAUAAUGUAUAAAAAAAAAGCUAAUAUGGUUUUAUUUUAUUUAUUUAUUUUCAAAUACAUUUUCCAUUACAGUUUUGCUUUAUUGUCGCGUACCGACCUAGUUUAUUAUCACAUCUGAUCUAUUUAUAAUGAUAGCUCACUAUUUUUACGACCCGAGAAGUAAAAAAUAGCUCAUAAUAAUAAUAAUAUGUUUAAGGUAGGUACUUACAUAUUAUUUAAGAAUAUUUCUUUUAAAUGUCUGCUAUUGAAUACAUACAGUUUGUUUCUAAUUAUAUUAAUUAUUUUAAAAUCUUGAAAGUUUUUAAACAUAUUUUAUUUAAUUGUUUGAUGAUGAGAUUUUUAAAUUAAGAACAAAAUUCUAUAUUAGUUUUAUUUAUUGUAAAUUUAUAAGGGUGUAGUAAAUUGAUAACCUUAAAAUCUAUUAAUUGUACUAAUUGCUUUGAGUCUGAUAUUUAAUUAUUAUUUUAACUUUUAAUGUAUUUCUUCAAUGAAAAGAUAAAUUGUUAUUAUUAAUCAAUUUGAAUACCUAUUUUUAAUUUUUAACUUUUUUAUUUAGUUGCCAAUGGGAAAACUAUUAUUAAGGAAACAUCUAUCAUCUUUGAUUGACUAUCAAAUGUUACAUUACAUAUUUAUUCUUUUAUUUGUACAUAUUUUUAUUUUAUACAGUGUACUGAAAUAUUAGGUAUAAUAUAUAUUUGGUAUUCACUCAUAGUAAAAUAUAAAUGUAUUAAUCAUUUUGGCCAGCUCAUAUGUUAUAUUUUAUGAAACUAUUGAUGGCAUAAUUAUAUAAUUUGUAUUUUUUUUUUUUUUGGUUCUUUUCAGGGUGGUUAUCCAGCUAAAUUAAAGAAAGUUUUAAUUGUAACGGCGCCAUUAUGGUUCAAAGCUCCAUUUAAAAUACUCAGAUUGUUUGUAAGAGAAAAAUUAAGAGACAGAGUCUUUACCAUCAGCUUACCCCAAGUAUGUGAAUUCAUUGUGACUAAAUGAUUCAAAUAAAAUAUGUUAAGUGUACUCUAAAUAUACAUCCUUUUUACAGCUGAUUCAACAUAUACCUAAGGAAUCAUUGCCAAAACAUUUGGGUGGUACUGUUGACAUUGAUCACAAUAAAUGGUUAGCCCACUGUUUGAACUACAUGACGAACAGUGAUAAAUAUGGAAGUUCGGCUAUGUCCGACCAUAUAUGUAACUCAAAUAACACAAAAAAAGACACUGGGCCAGAUACCAAAGUAUGUUAAAAAUAAAAAAUUAUGAAUUAUCUUAAUUCAAUAAAAUAUAUAUUUUUGGUAUAAUGUAUGUAUUAUUGUGUAAGGCAUUUUUUGAUUUUUCUUGUAAUUAUUCUGACAGAUGCCCAUCAGAUUUUCUUUGUAUUGUUUUUAAUAAUUAGGAUAAAAUAGUGAUAUUUACACAAUAGCGGCUUCUAUUAAUUUCAGUUUUGUUAUAAUUCAGUUAAAAAUAAUUAUAUAUACCUGAAAUGUCUAUUGAAAAUUUAUAUUAGCCUUGUGAAUAAUUUUUAAAACAUUCUGACAAUUUUUGAGUUAUUCAAAAUUAAUAAGUUUUUAAAGCUUUUAUUUGACUUUAUAUGGAUACAAUUUUGUUGGUUUCUCAAGUGUUUGGAAAUUUAAUGCAAUUUUAAUCGUCAGUUGUUCUUAUGGUGCCAUAUAAAUUUAAAAAUCCUUGGUUUUUUUACACGUACUUAAAUUUAAAAUGUACAUACAAAUCUUAAAAAUUUCAUAAUUUAGGUAAUAUUUAUGUAAAUAAGACUUGGCUCUAUACAAAUUUUCAAAGAAUAGAGAAGACAAAAUAUAGAUUAUUGUAAUUUAUUUUUAAUUACCAAUUAAAACAAUUUUCAAUAAAAAAUUAUUAAUACAUAAUAAAUCAAACGUUGCUCAGAAUCAUUUUUUAUUAGUUAUUUAUUUAUUUAUAAUAUGAUUUAUCACUUAAUGUACAAAAUACCCAUUAUGACAAUUUACUGGCUUUUUAAAAAUAUUAAUACAUUUUCAUAUAUUAUUUGAUUUUUAGGUGAAUAAUUUAUUAAAAGAAAAUAAUGUUAGUGAAGAAAGUGCAAUAGUUCAAGAUAACUUGUCAGGGUGGGCAUGCAAUACAACAAAUUCAAGGGGUAGGUUAUACCCAUAUUCUAAACUUAUAGAAUAUUAUAUGAAUAUUUUAUUUACAGAAGAAAAUUCUCCAAUGCCACCAUCAUCAGUUAGUAGUGGUUUUUCAGAUGAUGACAGUUUGCGUUGUGAUUCUAGUCAAAGUUUAACUAUUAUUCAAUUUGUUGAACAUGUAUUGAAAAAGAAAAGAGCUGGCCUCAUUAGGGAAUAUGAAGAAAUAAAAAAUCGGUCACCUGACGGUACAUUUAAUGUUGCCAGGUACUUGAUUUCUAUCGGUUUUUUCAACAACAAUUAAUUUAUUAUUCAUAUUUUUUAUUUAUAGAGUUCGACCAAAUUUGUUAAAAAAUCGGUAUACUGAUGUGCUUUGUUACGAUCAUACUAGAGUGUUAUUAGCACAAUCAGAAAAAGAUCCCAUGUCUGAUUAUAUACAUGCUAAUUUCGUUGAUGGUUAUAAACAAAAGAAUGCAUUCAUUUCCACUCAGGGUCCACUACCUCAUACAUGCGCAGAUUUUUGGCGUAUGAUUUGGGAACAGCAAGUACUAGUCAUUGUUAUGACAACUAAAGUAUUCGAAUGUGGCAAAAUAAAGUGUGAACAAUAUUGGCCACCUGAAGAAAUGUCUGAAGAUCAAAUUUACCAGAAUUUCAAAGUAUCAACAACAAACAUUAGUCAGUUUGAUAAUUAUGCUGUAACACGGCUGGAAGUAGUAAAUACUGAUGUAAGUAUUUUACAUUUACAUCUAUUUAGAUGUAUUGAAUUUACUAGUAAUUAAUAAAAUAAUCUGUAUUGUUUAUUAAUAAUUUCAGACCAACGAGAUUAGGCAAGUCUCUCAUUUUCGUUUUAACUCUUGGCCAGAUUUUGGUGUUCCUCACAGUGCGGUCGCAAUGUUGGAUUUCCUUGGAAAAGUUCGAAAAUGUCAGUCAUCCAUGUUACAAGAUCUUGGAGAUAAAUGGGCUGGACACCAACGGGGACCACCAAUUGUUGUUCAUUGUUCAGCAGGCAUUGGACGGACAGGUAAACAAUUUUAAAAAAAAAUUAAAUAUUUACUCUAUUUGUAUUUUUUUAGGAACAUUUUGUACAUUGGACAUAUGUAUUAAUCGUUUGGAAGAGACUAGUACAGUUGAUAUUAAAGGAACAGUAGAAAGAAUCAGGUCACAACGGGCUUAUUCUAUCCAAACACCUGAACAGUAUGUGUUCUGUCAUUUAGCUCUAAUAGAAUAUGCACUAGCCAGGGGUUUCCUUAGUUCUCCGCCAGAUCUUAGUGACUUGAAACCACUUGAAGAUUCAGAUUGAUUCAUAAUUAUUAAUCAUGCAGUGCAUUUAUAAAAAAUAUUUAUGUAUAUUAAUAUAUGCGUAGAUAAUCAGAGGCAGAGAGCCCAUUAUUAUGGUCUGUUUGGAAAUGUUUUUCUGACAUUACUUUUGUAAUUUUUUUUUUCAUAAUUAUACUAUUAUAUAUUAAUUAAUUACUUUAACCAGAAAAAAGAUAACAGAUCUAAUCAAUUUAUAUCAAUCUAAAAUUCUUAUUUUUUAAUCAAAAUACUUUUUUCCUUGUUUAUACAUGGUGUAGAUCAGUUUUUGUUUUCCACUUAAUGUUGUAUACUGUUUAUUACAUAUAUACAUAUUAUUAUUAUGUAAAGAGAAAAGAGUAUGUGACUUGUGCCCUUUGCUUAAAACAUAAGAAUUAAACUCAUUUCAUUAUCAAAGAAUUUAUUAUACUUUAUUUUUCAUACAUAUAUUAUUGUGAUUAAUUUUAACUGAUAUAUUAUGUAAAAAUAUUUCAUAAAAUUUCUAUAUAAGAAAUAAAUCCUGUAUAGGAAAUUUGUAACUUAUGUAGUCAACAACAUUAUAUUAUUGUAAACAAACUUUCAAUUUUUUGCUGACCAUUCCAUGUAUCUAACUUUUUUAAUGUAAACCCUAAAUCUGCUAAAUGUGAUAUUUAUUUUUAUCUAUCACAGUAAGGUACAAUAAUAAUGUAUUAUGUGCCACAUGUAUCAAAAUGUGAUGCCUAUGUUAAUAUUGAAUUUUUUAUAAUGAUUUAUUAUUUAAACUUUUGGUUGUAACUCUUGUAACUUAUAUUAAAACCAUGAAUAUGAAUUUAUUGAAUUACAUGGACAAAUAUUUAUACAAUUGAAUAAUUUAAUUUAAUCUAAUUAAAAAUAUAUAAUUAAUGAAUUCUUUGGUUACCAUUGUUGUCUUGUAAUAAUUAAGUAUAAUGUAAUAAACAUAAUAUUUCUUAAAGUAGCGAUUGUUGUCUUAAAAGUGAGUAUGUAGUAUUUUGAAGAUGUAAAUAAAUUCUAAAAAUAUAGGUAUUUAAUGUUUCUUCAAAAACUAUUCCUUACUUUAUGAGGCAAUGUUGUAGAAAAAAAUAGGGACCAUUUUAUAAUUUUUAAUUGAUUAGGAUUUGUCUGUUAUGUGUUUUAAAUUUUACCCAAACAUAUUAGAUAAUAUACAUUGAAUAAAUUACAUUAAAUAUAAUCAUACAUACCCAUAUUAUAAUGAUUUAGUACCUAAUUAUCUAACUACAACUAAAUAAUGCAAUGUUUAUCCUCAGUUUGUUCAUACUAUGUAGUACAAU